GGCUCCGAAAGCCUCGCGAGGCUUGGGGCAACGUUCUUUGUGAGGGCGUCGCCGGGGCCAGGCGCUGGGGUCCGGGUGCCGGGAUGGCGUCUGGAGCGGCUCGCCGGCUGGUAUUGGCGCCUGUCCGAUAUGGGGCUCUCCGGAGAGGACCGAGCUUGACUAAAGAUGGAGAUAUCUCCGCCGGACGGGGCGGCUCAGGUCAGAGCCUGGUACCGUCGAGGUCAGUCAUCGUUACUCGCAGCGGCGCAUUUUUGCCCAAACCGGUGAAAAUGUCCUUCGGCCUCCUGCGUGUGUUCUCCAUUGUGAUCCCCUUCCUCUAUGUCGGGACGCUCAUUAGCAAGAACUUUGCCGCUCUGCUUGAGGAGCAUGACAUUUUUGUCCCAGAGGACGACGACGAUGACGACUAACAGGUCAUGAAGUUCAGGAAAGAGAAAGCCCUCCCUGAAUCAAGACAUGGCGAUGCUCACAGCCUCUCCUCCUUGCCUCUCAGCAGAAGGGACUAGCGA